CGGUGUAUGACCUCAAAGUAUCUCAAGAGCUAUUCGAAAGCAUACAGAACUUUAUUUACGGUAAUUAUGACAUGGCCUGAACGCAGCGCAGCAUACGGGUUUGGAAUGACGAAGGCAGAACAUAUAAGCAUUAUUGACUAGAAUGUCUCCUUCAAGACUCUACACGGCAUCUGUGAUGCCUCCUCUGCCUUUAAGUUCUUUCAAUGUCUCAAGCAACUUCUGCACGGAAGAGAAUAUUUCUGAGUGCAUGCUGUACAUCAAUCAGGAGUUGUCGUCCCUGUGCUUUCCGCCAAUUUUCCGUAACUCAGAUGGCAUUCGUGAUCUGGACGCUGUGGUUGCCCUAAACAACAUAUAUGACUUGCUUCAGCUACACCGUCGAGCUGUUGGAAUGAUGGAGGAGCUGGAGGUGGAGCAGCUCAAGUCUAGCAGUGACCUCCACUACCAGCAUCUCACCAACUCCAGGCUAAAGGACCAGCUUGAACUUUCGAAAAAGGAAAACAUGCGUUUGCAUGAGAGAGAGCGCCAGCUGGAAACAAAUGUAAAGACAUUGCAAAACUGCUUAAAAGAUGCAAAAGAAGAGGUGCAAAGGCUGCAGGGUAUCAUUGCAAGUCGUGCCACACAAUACAACCAUGACAUUAAAAGAAGAGAAAGGGAGCACAACAGAGUAAAGGAGCGCCUCAAUCAACUACUCAUCGCCAAAAAGGAAAAUAAACAAGGAAUGGAAGUUUUGAAUUAUGUUGGAAGGCCAGAUGGGAGGAGAUGUCUUUGGAAAACUGGAAAAACUGAAUCCAGACAUGAGGGAGAGAUGUACAAAACUCUUCUCAGUGAAUUUGAUAACCGUCAGAGGGAGCUAAUGAUGGAAAACAUAGAGCUGAAGAAAGUGCUUCAACAAAUGAAACGAGAGAUGGUGGGGGUUUUAAAUUCAAAGAAGACAUGCCAGAAGGAAGAGAAACAAAGCAAUAAUAUGGAUCAGACAAAUUCAGAUGAUGAGGAACCUUUGAAAGGACCUCCUGAGAUGUCCUGUGAUCAUGCUCGGGAGAAACUCACCAACAGCAUUCGACAACAGUGGAGGAAACUCAAACAUCAUGUUGAGAGACUGGACAGUCAAGCUGGAGACAGUGAAGAGAUGAUCGCCAGACAACUCCAUGAAGAGGAGAUAGAGAGGCUCAAACAAGAAAUUCAGCAGUGCAAAGAGUUUAUUCAGACUCAACAACAACUUCUGCAACAACAGCUCAACACACCCUGUGAUGAGGAGACUGCAGCUGUUCUGAAUGAUUCCUACAUGCUGGAAGAGAAGGAACGCUUGAAAGAAGAGUGGAGAGUGUUUGAAGAACAGAGGAAAAACUUUGAAAUGGAAAGGAGAAAUUUCACAGAGGCUGCCAUCAGACUGGGCCAUGAGAGGAAGUCUUUUGAGGAUGACCGUGCAACAUGGCUCAAACAUCAGUUUCUGAACACAACAUUUGCAGAGCACAUGAAACCACAAAGUCGUACGACUGAAGAAUUUUCAAAGCAUUCCGGUCAUGAGGAGAAGCUCUUUUCAAUUUCUGGUAAAGUCAGUAAAUCUCAUCUUUAGUCUGUUCACCUAUGGAACUGCUUGCAGAUGAACCUACAUUUUCAUAUCCAGCACCAGAGGACAGAUACUCAGAGCCAAUAUGAAUAUGAGUUUGAAUGUGAAUAAAGUCUGCCAGAAUUUAAAGAU